AUGAAUACCGCAGACCUGUUCUUACGCAGCUACAUUGUAGCAGCUCUCCUCCAGUGUUUCGCAUGUGUACUAGUCGACAUCCGGCCGUUCCAGAGGGCUAUAUUACAGGCGCACAAUUUCUACAGAAGCCAAGAACCCGCCGCUAACAUGCGUGCUUUGAUUUGGGACAACAACCUCGCUUUCCGAGCAGCGCAGUGGACCGAAACGUGUUUCUUCGAACAUCAGCGGCGAGGCUUCGGAGAAAACCUAUCCUACUUCACAAGCACCGGGCCGUCACUUCCGCCACGUACGGUUGUGCAGCGCUCCAUCGGCCUCUGGGCGGCCGAGAGACCUCUUUGGGGUCGGGGUCCACAAUGCGGGGCCGCUUGCCAUUAUACCCAGCUGAUCUGGGCAACCACGACCCGGGUAGGGUGCGCGCUGAGUUAUUGCCCCUUGCUGCUGGUAGGCAUGAGCCAGAUGCAAAGGAACGCGAUGUACUUUGCCUGCUUUUACUCGCCACCCGGUAACAUCAUCGGCCAACUACCCUUCAUCCCGGGUCCGAGAUGUUCCCUCUGUGGGCGUGGCAUGGCCUGCGUCCGAGGACUGUGCUCUCCAAUGUCGUUUGCAUUCCGACGAAGGCGCUCGGCUAAACUGUCGGCAAAGUCGGAGUUCCUCGGAAUAGUUCGUGAAAGAUCGGACGGGGUUUAAAACGUGAACUGGGUU